AUGUCAAUCACCUAUUCAAGCCUCGAAAAGGUUCCGCUCUCAUAUGCUUCCUGCUCGAUCGGCUGCGGUCCAACCGACACACUCCCGCUCCGUCUUGAAGCAAUCAGCGAAGCAGGGUUCAGAGCAAUCGAGCUAUCCUUCCCAGAUAUCCUAGACUUUGGCGAGCAAAUUACCGGUAAUGCAAUCAAGCCGGACGAUUACCCAGCGAUUAUGUCCGUCGCCAUGGAGAUUCGAAAACUAUGCGAAGAACACAGGUUGAAAAUCAUGAUGCUGCAGCCAUUCGCAAACUUCGAAGGUUGGCAGAAGGGCUCCGUGAAUCGCGAGGAGGCAUUUGCUAGAGCGACAGGCUGGAUGGAGAUUAUGAAUGUCGUGGGAACAGAUAUGUUGCAAGUCGGAGCAACAGAUACGCCAGAGCACAUAAUUAACUCUGAGCGCGAAGCCAUCAUCACCGACUUGCGCGCUUUAUCCGACCUCCUCGCAAAACGCAACUACCGUCUCGCCUACGAGAACUGGUGCUGGUCUACCCACGCGCCUGGUUGGAAGGAAGUCUGGGAGAUAGUGAAAGCUGUCGACCGUCCGAAUUGCGGGUUGUGUUUGGACACAUUCCAGACUGCGGGUAGUGAAUGGGGCGAUCCGACUACCGAGUCUGGUUUAAUUGAAUCAGUCUCGCAGUCUGAGCUAGAGAAGCGGUUUAAGUCGAGUAUGGAUGAGCUUGCAAGCUCUGUGCCCGGUGACAAGAUCUAUCUGCUUCAGAUCUCAGAUGCGUAUAAGGUGUCGCCGCCGCUAGAGGACAAGACCAUCGAUGCGCUAAGACCGAGGGGUCGCUGGAGUCAUGACUAUAGGCCUAUGCCGUAUGACGGUGGGUAUUUGCCUAUUGAGGAUGUUGCAAGGGCGGUGCUUAGGACGGGCUUCCGGGGUUGGUUCUCGAUGGAGAUCUUUGAUAGUGGACCGCAGGGGACUGGGAAGAAGUAUGAGAUGGGGCCUUUUGCAUCGAGAGCGAUGGCUAGUAUGCAGAAGUUUUUGAAGAAUUGUGCUACGGAUUGA